GUGCUGAUGUGCGUUACCUGCCUUCACCCGCACCUCUGACGAUCCGUCAGUCGGCAUGACAACGCGCUCCAGAGAGCAAACGGGGAACGGCUGACGGGCACGAGGAUGGCAGCAGAAGAUGCUCAGUAACGGAAACAGCAGCGAGAACCGAGCGAACAGCAGCACCGGGACCUGUUCCGGGACCGGGACCGGGAGCGGCUCGGUCCAUGUCCCGGCCAUGGAGAGAGCCCGGCCGGUGACGGUGACGGUGUCUGCGGUGAGCCUCGCGCUCAGCGUGCUGUCCCUACUGCUGCUGGUCACCGCCAUCUCCACCGACCACUGGUACGAGACCGACACCCGCAGACACAAGGACAACUGCGACCGCCACGGAUCCGACUCCAACGACCAGAAGAACCGGGAGAUGCCCAUUUACCACCUGCCGCUGGUGGACACCGGCAGCGGCGGGGCCCGGCAGCGGGACGUGGCGCUGAUGAAGCCCGUGCAUGUGGGCAGCAGAGAGGAGGAACUGCUGGAGAACUGGCGGGCCAUCCUGGGGAUGGGCAUCCUGGAGACCGAGUGCGGCAGGCCGCUGUUCUCCACACACUUCGGCCUGUGGAGGAAGUGCUACUUCAAGAACCUGGACCCGGACAUCGACAAGCUCAUCGACCGGGGUAUCGCAGAUCGAUGCACAGCUGUGAAGUAUCACUUCUCUCAGCCGAUCAGACUCAGGAACAUCCCUCUGAACCUGACCAGGACCAUCCAGCAGGAUGAGUGGCACCUGCUGCACCUGCGGCGCAUCACGGCGGGGUUUCUGGGCAUGGCGGCGGCCGUCCUGCUGUGUGGGAGCAUCGUGGCGUCGGUCGGGUUCUUCUGGGAGGAGAGUCUGACGCAGCACGUCUCCGGUCUGCUGUUCCUGAUGGCAGGGAUCUUCUGCACCAUCUCUCUGUGUACGUAUGCAGCCAGUGUGACCUACGACCUCUCCAGAAACCCCCCCUUCAUCUACGGUCUGCCGGCGGACGUGGAUCACGGUUACGGCUGGUCUAUCUGCUGCGCCUGGGCCAGCCUGGGUCUGACCGUGGCCGCCGGCUGCCUCGGUACCACCUUCCCCUUCCUGAGCCGGGCCGGAGCUCUGCGAUCCAAAACCGCCCGCGAGUCCUCCGUCUGAGCCGCCGGCUGUUUAUCAGAUAGAGGAGGAGCGGGAGGGGUUAAUGACAGAAACCUCGGACAAUGUUUGUUGAAGCAGUCUGCACCAGGUUUAUGUGACCCGGGUUCUGGACAGACUGGAGGCGGGGCGUCAGCCUCCAAGUUCAACACCUGUUUCUAAAAUGUGUUCAAUGAAUUGCACUUUUAAUCUGAAGCAAAGUGUUUCAAAGUGUCCAAAGUGGACAGACGAGUGUCUCUGCAGCACAGCGCCCCCUGCUGAGAGACUGCUGUGGUGUUUAUGAUGUGGACGUUAAUGUAACACACACACACACACACACACACACACACACAGUGUAAUAUUACAGCUGACCCAGCAGUCGAGUCCGAGUCAGUUUGAGAGUUGCUGUUCACACUGAUGUUAACUUACUGUUUCAGAGUCACUCUGUACAGACGCUGGGUUUACACCAGAAUCAGGACCAGAAUCAGUGUUGAUGUGGAUUCAGACACAGCGAGAAGAUGUCACUUCACCUGAUCGGUUGAAGUUGAUGUCACCUGUUGCACACUGGACAGGAUGCUCCUUUCACACAUUUAUUUAUCUAUUAACCUGCGGCCACAGGGUCCACCUGUGCUGAGCUGACAUCAGAAAUAUAAAGCCUCAGUCCAGGUCCAGAACUUUUAAAACCAGAAUUAGUAAUGAAAUCAGACUGGAACAGAAAUGUCACAGAUCUCAACAAUAAAAGUACAUCAUAUACAGUAUUAAGAUGAUUCUGACAGAUUAAAUUACACAACCCACUCAGCUGGUCCAGGUCCUCCACAACUCUGAUCUGUCUUGAGGACACAACAGUCCAUCCAGCCCGAAGCUUUCGCCGCUCAGUGUGCAGUUUAAAAAGUUCAUGUUCUGUCAUAUUAAACCCAAAGAAGUGACGUCCAGAUUCUUAUAAAAAUCAAACAUACCAGAGAGUUUUGUGUCUUUUGUGUCGCUGACAUCAUGACUGCUGUCGGCUUGACUUCCUGAACUCCUUCGACCUUUGAAGCAGAAAGUGAGGAUGUGGACGUCUGGACCAAAACAAUACAAUAAACAUACAACACUGACAAUUCUUCAGACUGAGAUCAGACUCUCCUGCUGCAACAAACACUGAACCUGAUGAUCCAAACCUGCAGGUCCGCAUCAGUCAGUACAUGCACUGUCCCAUCUGAAGCACAGAACGGGAUUUAUUUAAGAUGAUUUAUAAUCAGAUCAGAUUAGUGCAAAAACUGUCUUUACAAGGUUUUUUCUUUCGUAUGGUUUUCUCACAUUUCCGCCUUUUUUCAGAGCAGUAGAAGAAAAUCAGUGUCACAAAUUUACCUUCAGUCCGGUCUUUAGGAAUCAUCCUCAGAUAAAUCAGAUUUAGUUUUUCAGUGCAUGUUCAGGCUAUAAAGAAUCCUUAGAGCUAAUCUUUUCUUUGUGCAGCUGAACGCUGAUGUUUGAUACAGUUAGAAAAUCCAGUGAGUCCUGGCAGAGCACAACAGUCAGUCUGAACUGUAAAAUACUAAACAUAUCUUAAACUAAUUGUCCUCAACAGCAGUUUUGGAUACUUAAAGCUCUUAAAAAGUCAAGCUUCACAGCUACAUAAGAAGGACAGACAGUGUGUGGUACGAGCAGGGCUCGGUAUCAUCUCAAACUUUUUAAUAACAGUGUUGAUAUUAUUGACCAUCUUUAGUUCUGCUACGAAAACAAAACUUUCUUCGAUAACUUACUUUGAGAAAUAAUUUUUUUUUUUUAUUGAACAAAAGACUUCAAAGUUGUUAAACGAAGCAGCUGAACUAAAACUGGAGAUAUGAUGAUUUGAAUCAGGAACUAUCUGAUCAAAGAAGAAGUCAGCAACAUUAUCAGGCUGAUCAUGGUGAUGUUUGAUCUCCAUCAGUACUCACCCCAUGAUCUGGUUUGGGUUCACGUCCACUGCAGAUGUGAUGUUCAGACCUGUAAGAGAAGAUAUUUCAGUACCUGUCGAAGGUUUGGAUCACAGAGUUCAUCCACACGCACUCAGCUCUCUCACACACAGAUGUGUAUAUAAAAAUAUAGUGUUUUUUUACCUGAUAAGAGAGCAUAUGAAUGAAUUGAAGCAGUGUUAUGUAGAAGUCGUUGUUUGUUUAAAUGCAUUCAGCCAUUGGCCUGCGAGCUGAGCCACAGACUGACUCUGACCUGGAGUUUAACCAUUGAGCUGAAUGAGGAACAUCACGUAUAUCUGGAGAACAUGUGGAACAUUUACAACAGAACAUCUGGACCAGAUAAAAACCCUUUACUCAUCAAACAAAGUACAAGUCAACAAACACUGGACCUGAUUCCCCAGUCGACUGGUCUGAGAUCAGAUUAACAUGUUCUCUGCCUCGUCUUCUUCCCACACACAGGAAGUCCAGGUAUAAACUGAUGUGUCAUGUGUCAUGUAACUGACUGAAUGCUGCUGCUUGGUGCUUUAUUAUUUAUUGAAUUUAGGAGUUAUCGUUCCUGCAGUCAUCUUCAGCUCAGUCUCAGAUACUGCAGCAGGCUGGAUGCCACGUCUUUACCCUCUGAAACCCCCUUCUUAAACCCUCAAACACUGCAGGCUGAUGGGGGAGUGAACGUUUCUUCAUCAGGUAUUUCUGAUCAGAUGCAAGCAUCUGUCUGAUACCCCCUAAAACCUCUCUGGCCUCUGAAAUACUCUGAUGCCCACAUCAUUGGGGGUUCAGAGAGUAUAAGAGGGAUCUCUUAUACUCUCUGAACCCCCAAUACACUCUUAAACCCUAUAAAAUCCUUUAGAAAUCCUUCUAAAAUCUUCUGAUACCCCUUCUGUACCCUCUGAUACCCCAUCAUACCCAUCCUAUACUCUCCAAAACCCUCUUACACCCCCUGAUACUCUCAGAUGCUCCCUGAUACCCCAUAUUUUCUCAAAUACCCUCUUUGAGUUUAUCUUCUGAUACCCCCAUUUUCUCUAAUACCCUCCCAUCAUGAUACCCCAUCAUGCCCAUCGUAUACUCUCUGAUCACCCUCAAUACUCUCCUAAACCCUCUCAUAUCCUUGUAUAUAUUCUGAUGCCCUCUAAUUGCCCACCAUGCCCCUCCUGUACCCUUUGUUACCCUCUCAUACCCCAUUAUACUUUUUGAUCCCAUCCGAUACCCUCUUAAACCCUCUAAUACCCUCUGAUAUCCACUGAUGGAUCCUAAAAUCCCCUUAUACCUUAUGAAACUCAUCCUGUACCUUCUAAUACCUUCUGAAACCCCUCCUGUACCUUCUAAUACCUCCUGAAAACCCCUCCUGUACCCUCUAAUACCUUCUGAAACCCCUCCUGUACCUUCUAAUACCUUGUGAAACCCCUCCUGUACCCUCUAAUACCUUCUGAAACCCCUCCUGUACCUUCUAAUACCUUCUGAAACCCCUCCUGUACCCUCUAAUACCUUCUGAAACCCCUCCUGUACCCUCUAAUACCUCCUGAAAACCCCCUUUCUCUCAGAUACCCUUAUAGAGUCUCCCAUUUAUUUGAAACCCCUCCUGUACCCUCUAAUACCUUCUGAAACCCCUCCUGUACCUUCUAAUACCUUGUGAAACCCCUCCUGUACCCUCUAAUACCUUCUGAAACCCCUCCUGUACCCUCUAAUACCUUCUGAAACCCCUCCUGUACCUUCUAAUACCUUCUGAAACCCCUCCUGUACCCUCUAAUACCUUCUGAAACCCCUCCUGUACCCUCUAAUACCUUCUGAAACCCCUCCUGUACCCUCUAAUACCUCCUGAAAACCCCCUUUCUCUCAGAUACCCUUAUAGAGUCUCCCAUUUAUUUGAAACCUCUCCUCUACCCCACUACACCCUUCUGAUACCCCUCCUAUACUUUCUGAUUCCAUCUAAUACCCCAUCAUACCCCUCCUGAAACCCUGUGCUGCCCUCUGCUGGACGCUCAAACUGUCUCUUCAGUCUUCUGAUGUUCAGCUGUAAAUAAACAAUAUAAACAUCA